AUGCUACAAGACCUCGGGUACCGUGAUGUUAACCAAUAUUCACCUGAAGAGAAUAUUGCUGAGAUGUGUUCGCUUUUUGAGACAACGUUCAAAAGCUUACCGAAGGAGUCUCAACAAUAUCUUUGUUCCCAUGCAGGUCCUAAAGUCUGGCAGCGCAUGUACCGGUUGUACUACCUUGCAACUGAACCAGAAAUUGCCGAUUUUGUGAAUUUCUGCAACGAGUCUGGUCUACGUCAACGUGAGUCAGUUAGGCACGAAGCACAGUCUAACGAACAUGUUACUCACCAUGUAGUACCGACUGCCCCUUCACCUCCCACUCCCCCUCCUCGCCAGCAACAGCCUUCAUCAAUGACGGCUGUACCACCUAUCACAACUCGUUCGUCAACUGUCGCUGUCGAGAACAUUCCUCAUUCUCCCUCACCUCAUUACACUCCCUCACCAACUCCGUCACUACUAUCGUUGGUCUCUGCAUGCUCGCCCUCCUCCCCAUACACAUCUCGCUCGCCCUCCCUCGCAAGUGUUGAUUCGCUGUUUGACUCCGAUGAUGACUCGAAUCAGUCAUCAACUCGGGAGCACUCUCCGAAUCCCGCUCAGAGUCAUGUUAAGCCCGGCUAUGCAUCAGAUGAUAGUCAGUACUUGGAGCAGGCAAACAGUCAAGCACGCACCUGCAAUUCCGUCAACGAACAGCUGACUGAUCAGCUUGGUAAUGGAAUGGAAUCCGCGGACGUCUUCGACACUAUCGCAGACAACGAAGAACAUUGUCCAAGCAUUGUCCAUGAUGCCGAAAGCCACCACAGUUUCGUAGAAGACGAAACUGAUUUCCCAGACGAACCCGAUGGCUCUGGUGAAUAUCCAGACGUCAACGUGCAUUCGGAAGGGCAUUCUCGAGAGUACUUGCCUGACUCAGAAGAUGCUGAAGAACGGCUGCUCGAUGAUGGUCCAUACUACGACGCUGAAGAUCAUGGUUAUGGUUCGGAAGUCGAGUAUGAAGGGCCUGAGCCUCCAAUCAGUUACCACCGUGAAUCCGAUAACGGAUACGACGUACCUGAUGAGAAUGUUGAGAAUGAGCACGUUGACAGUGCUGAAUACCGUGGCGAUGACAGCCAUUCAGCCUGCGCCAACGAACUUCCUCCAUCCGAAGGUCCAGACCCGGAUUAUUCUUCGGAAGUCGAGUAUGGUGAUAUCGAGGACAGCGUAGUCGAAGACGAGACCUAUAAUGAAGGUUAUACGUCAGACGAUUACGCUGAAUACGGUGAAGAAAACACAUACCAACUCACUGCGCAUCCUGCUCUAUUUCCAGCUGUGUCCUUCACUCUCCAAUUCUCCAAGUGUUCAUUCCCCGCUGACUUUCCUCCGUUGACAUCGCCUCUCUCCCCCGUGUUACCAAGGGACGUUGUUAAUCGCAUCUUGCUUUUGCCAGUCUUGCCCACCGCCGUUUAUAGCGUUUAUAGUCACUCGUUCCCCUCGCCAGCUCUACCCGAGAGUCGAGUCUUGCAUUAUCGCUAUCAUUUGUUUUAUCUUCUUAUUCUUGCCAUCGUUCGCCACGUAUACACUUCCCUGUCAUACCUAGUGAAGAGAUACAGUGUUACCAAAGAACCCGAAGAUCACAAACGAUAUGUUCAACGUACCACAAUCCGUCCGUGCCUUCUCAUUCUUCAAUGUCUAUCGCUCUUCGCUCUGCAGCAACUUGUUUGCUAUGCUAUCACGUCAUCGCACCCUUGCGAACGUAAAAUCGCUGCUGCAAAUGACAUUAAGUGCGGAUACGAAAAUAUAGAACAAAAAAGACCUACUGAUCUACUUGUACGGGACCCAACCAUUCCCCUUCGUUUCACCCCUCGCCUCUCGUCGUUGAAAGUCACUAAGGAAGUACAGCAACGUCAUAAAGAUAAUCGGCAGCGACGAUCUCCGUUGGCGCAGUCUUCGUGA